UCUCACUGCGCCUGCUGCCGGAGACACGGCGGCGCUAUAAAAGAGCUGGCCCCGCGCCGGCUCCGGCCUCAGUCAGCGGCUCGCCUCACGCCGUGGAGACAGCGAGCAGCGCGGCUUGCGAGCCAAGGGGACGGGGAGAGAGUGGGCGCUCGCUCUGGGCAACCCCAAUGCGUGGACUAUCCGCCGCUGCACUAUGCUGGAGCCACAGUGCCGCUGAACGGAGACUGCACGCGGCCGGCUGGGCUGGAUUGCAGCGCUGUCUUUCCUUAUGAAGAAGACACAAACUUGGAUUAUCACUUGCUUUUAUCUUCAACUGCUCCUACUUAAUCCUCUUGUCAAAGCCGAAAGUCCCUGUGGGAAUCCAGUGACAGAUGAUGUGAAUGACAUUACAAAACUGGUUGGAAAUCUUCCAAAUGAUUAUAGGAUAGCCCUUAGGUAUGUUCAGAAGAUGGAUACUCUGCCUAAUCACUGUUGGUUACAUUUGAUGGUGCCUGAGUUUUCAAAGAGUCUGCAUAAUCUUCUGCAAAAAUUUUCAGAUAUGUCUGAUGUUUUAAGCAACUAUUCAAUCAUCAAUAAUCUCACGAGGAUAAUCAAUGAUAUUAUGUCAUGUCUAGAUUCUGAGAAAAAUAAGAAUUUUAGAAAAGAAAAUCUUCAUCUUUAUGAAGAAGGCAGGUUCAUUCCUGAAGAAUUCUUUAGGUACUUUAACAGCACCAUUGAAGUCUACAAGGAUUUUGCAGAAACAUCAGAUCAUAGUGACUGUGUUCUGCCGUCAACAACAGAAACACCAGAGAACAAUCCAAGAGUCAGUGUAACAAAACCAUUUUUGUUACCUCCUGUUGCUGCCAGCUCCCUUAGGAAUGAUAGCAGUGACAAUAACAAAGAGGCACUCGACUUCAUUAGCAGCCCCAGCCUGAAAGGGAUAAGCAUAGCAUUGCCGUCAUUGUUUUCUCUUCUUAUCGGCUUUACUUUGGGAGCCGUCUGCUGGAAGAAAACACAUCGCACACCCAGACCAGAAAGUGAUGAAACAACACAGUGUAAUAACUGUCAAGAGGAUAAUGAGAUAAGUAUGUUGCAGCAAAAAGAAAAAGAGCUCUUACAAGUGUAACUGUUGCUUUUUUCCAACACUGUUACUGUUUUCAUGUACUGGCAGCCAACAGUUCCAUGUUUGCUUCAUAAAUGAAGCAACUUUAAGCAUAUUCAUAUUCCUUCUGGAGUGACAGACUGAGUCUGCAUUGGUUGCUGCCUAGGAUCCAUAUCGAUUCAAAGAGAUGAGGGCGAAGUGUGUGUGUGUGUGUUACUGUGAAACCAACACUGAAUUGAAUAGCAUCAAGAAGAGUAUGCUGUGAGCAAGACUGUAUGUUAUUCAAAUACCUACCUUGUGUGGAAUUGUAACUGUAUAGUCCUUACAGCUGAUUCUGGCAAAGGAAGUACAUGGCCUGAACAAAAGACAUCUUUCUUUCAAAUGCCUCCAGAUACAUGUAAUCUUUGAAAGUCAUAAGGAAGUUUGUAUUCUUAAUUUACAUCCUGUGUCCUCUUGCUUACCCUGAUGCCUACAAAUGGAGUACUCUGAAUUGAAAAAGAAAAUGCAGAAAUGGAUACAAAAACAUACUCUGCAGUACUGUUGUAAAAAACUUGCCAGUCAGGUGGUGCAAUGGACCAGUGUGCUACCCUUUCACUUCUAAGAAACUGGUUUAAUAUCUAGCAAAGGUCAUAUGUAAAAUGAGAGGUGGUCUCUGUCUUGUGCCAGGUGGAUGUAUGUCCAUCUCAAAAAUCCUCCACAGAACUUGUUUGGGCUGGUGGUCUCCAUUUAGGAGAAGCAAAGAAUGGAUCAAAAAGAAGUAAAGCGGAAGUGACGGUAGCAGGAUGGAGCUUUGACAGCAUUAGAAGAAACUGUUGGAUGUGUGAAGACUCCAGUUAAAAUUCCAGCCAUAGAAUGGGGAGGGGAAACAAAGAAUUUGAAUUGCAUUCAACAUCUGAAAUAACACUAAACGCAAGAAACCUUUUCUAAAUAUUGAUGAUGCAUGCCACUGAUUCCUUGGCUUGUAUAAGAUGUAGGAAAUGUGGAAGAUACUGAGAAUGAAUUUAUUAAUUACUGCUGACAUACAGUAAAAGCUAUUUGUAUUGUGUUUUAAAUUACUAAUAAUGUUUUAUUUUUUAAUCUGGCAUUCUCCUUUUCUUUUCUUUUUUUUUUUUUUUUUUUUAAGAUGAAAUCUGGUCAAGGUAUGAAAGCUUUAUUUCUGGUUGUCCUCAGUGUCUACUGCUAUUAUUAAAUACAUGGACUACAGAAACAAAACUGAUAAAAAAUUAAGACUUUGUCAGGCAUGCAUUUUUAAGGAGGCACUAAAAAUACUAUACUGAAACUUGCAAUAUGCGUUUUAUGCAUCCCAUUUGUACAGGCUCUUUCCAGAUAAACUACUUAUUUAUCUAUUUUAAAGUUGUCUGCUGCAGAAAGUAGGAAUGUCUCACCCCAAAUGACAAACUGCCUAACAGCUGACUAUUAACCCAAUAACAGUUUUAAUUCAAAUAUGUCUAAAAUAUUUUGUUUUAAUGUCUUCAUAAAGCUCACUAUAUCUUAGAUGUACUUUUAUUUAAACUUUUAAAAGAACUCAUGGAUGCUUUAGUUAUUUCCUUAAUCUGCUAUGAACUAUAUGUCAAAGGAAUUUGCUAUAUAUAGGGUCAAGUAAUUAUUAAGACAUUUGAGUGCCACAAUGUACAAAAAGUAUUAUGGUCAAUGAUGGAGAUUACAGACAUGUAGAGACACUUUGGAUGGAAACUUGGCAAGUCAGUGGCAAACUCCUAUUGAUUUCAGUGGGGUCAAAAUUUGCCCGUUAGGUCUAGUUUUCAUUUACACUAAGUCCAGUUUUCAGUGUUUUAGCAGUGAUCCUCAGCCGGUGUAAACUGUCAUAGCUCUAUUAAAGUCAAUGGAGCUAUGAUAAUUUACAACAGCUGAGGAUCUGUCCUUACAGCAGGUCAAAGAGGCUUUUGUGUAAGUCAGAAUUGGGCCCUAAUAUCCUGACUUUCAUUAGGUGCUGGAGCACCACUUCAAUUGAAAUAAAUGGGAGAAGUUCAGCACCUCUAAAAAUCAAACCCUUAGCAACUUUUAGCACUACGGAAAACCAAGCAGUAGAAUUCUCCAUCUGUAGCAGCUUAGUGUGACACAAUAAUGUAUGUGCCUGUAUUUACUGGUCCCUUAGACGAGUAGUUGAUGCCUACUUUGAAAGUUCCACUUUUUGAAUCUUAGCAUGACCGAAUGUUUGUUUGGGAACUUGCACCUAGAGCCCCGCAGCGGGACUAGGAUCCUGCAGAACCCGCUGCCAUAAUAGCAGGAGUGGGUAAAAUGUCCUUUGUUGCUGGAAGGAUUGGGUGGGCAAAAAAAAAAAAAAAGACUGUCAUAAUUUGUGGGAAAACACUAAAUAUCUCGUCAGUUUGGAAUAAAUAGAAUUUCAGCAAUGUAAAGCAAGUUUCUUUUUAUUUUAAAUAAAGGUUUUAAUGCUUAAAUUUAAGCAAGGGAUAGAAAGAUUUGAUGUCUAUUAUAACAGGAGUUAAAUGUAUUUUCACAUGGUUUAAGCAAGCUUUGUUUUAUUCUUUUAGUGGUUAAAAAUUGUCUGAAUUUUGUGUGUGUGUGUUAACCGACUGUUGUUUGUUUUUGUUUGUUUGUUUUAAUAGCAUGGAGGGAAUCUCUCUCACACAAGAUUUGCAGAAUCUAAGGUUUUUGAGGGUGGGAGUGGAAUAAAAAAUGCAAGAAACAAUGCGGGAGCAGGUGAGAGUGGGUCCUGCAGAAGCAGGAUUAAAAAAAUAACCGCAUUCAGGGCUCUGCUUGCCCCUUACUGGUUGUGUUGAGAUAGAGGAAAUGUGCCCAUAAUAAAUGGCAACAAAUAUCACUGAACACUUGACAAAAAUGUUAGACAAUAAACAUUUCCCAGUUGCUGCAAUCUACAGUAUUUUCUCAAGAAAACUGAAUGCAUUUGGAAUCUUGUAGCGGUUUUCUUAGCUUCUGUAAUGGAACAAAACCCGAUGUUGUUCAACUACCUUAAUUGUUCAUAAAGAUGCUAUUUUUCCAAACUGAAUAUUUGAGGAAAAUUAACAGUAAUAAAACAUGAAGCAUUUGGAGUAAUACAUCUUGAUGUGUCUCAAAUUAGGCUUUGAAGUUCAAAUUACAGUUUUUUGUUGAGUUCAUUUUACCCUUGAUAACAAUGAAUAGUGCAUUUAUAAAUUGAUAUAAAAUUUGCCUCCAAAUGCAAUGCUACUAAACAGUAACAGUCUUAAAGCUUAGUUAUAAGACGGGGUUUAUAACAAUGCCACACACAUUCAUCUUUGCCACAGAACAAGGUAAAUUUGAGGCUGAAUGACAUUCAUGUAUCUCCCUGAAACAGCACCCAUGUACAAUCCUUCUGACAACACAAAGUUUACACAAUCAUAAUUGUUCUCAUUUGGAAUGGAAACAUCCAUUAGCACAAAGUGCAAUAGCAUCACAUGAAGCAUUUGAACUGGAUAAUCAAUUUGACAGCUCAUGGCUUUUCCUUCAUUUUUAUCCGACUUACCAGGUGUUUGGGCCUUCUUAGAGGAGUAUCACAAACCUGAAUAAAUUUAAAUAUUUCUAAAUAGGGUAGAUUGUUUGGCAUUUGGAAAUCUAAUAAGAUAUAUAUGUAAAUUGUUAUAAAGGGCCUGAUUCUGCUACCUGUUGUGUAGAAUUUACUCCAUGCAUGGUGUCAGUCAUCUGCCAAUUUACAAAAAGCAGUUGAUAUCACUGGGACCACUGCUGGAGUAAGUUGCUACUCAGUGGGAUUAAUGGUGGCAGAAGGAGGCCCUUAAUUACUUUUGCCUAUCUUGUAAGUAGUUGUGCAAUUCCUGAGUACAAAUAAAUGUUAAAAUCCUUCAUUUUUAGGAAGGGUCAGACCUUGUCUUGUUGUGAUUAGAAAAUGAGUGUCCAUUUAUUAAAAUGGAGUGCUUUGUUGUAUUAAAGUCAACCUAAAUUAUUCUUAGAUCUCAGUGGAUUUUGUAAGGAAGAAACAUUUGGAAGUUUCCUUGGGAGAAGCUGAACUUUGCAUGCUAUUAAUAGCAGCUUUGUGAGAAUAAAAAGCAGCUAAUGGUAUACUGCAAAAUUCAAUGUGCUCUUUUAGAAGUGUGUUUACUUGAAUAAAUUAAUGGUACUUAUUUAGUCAUGAAGUCAUUUUAUAAGAGCUUUUAAAAACUAAUGUGCUCUUCCAUGGGACAUGUAUAAAAACAUCUUAAACUUGCACAUUUUCUAGACUCUGAUCUUCACCACCUGUGUAUUUUCUGUUGCUAUCCAUUUGUAAUAGUGAAACUGCUCAGCACACACAACACAACUGUUAAUUUGAAAAGUUAACAGUGUACUACUCUAGCUAUUUUCAAUGAGAUUUGCAUUUAAGAAUUAUCCAGAAAUUUUCUCCAGAUCGAAGUUGAUUCAACUAUGUAUUUAAAAUAGAUGUACAGUAAUAGUGGCAUGUUGCUAUUAUAUUAGCAAAUAGUUGGGAUGUGGAGAUUUCAGACUCUUUAGAGACAGAGGCACAGACAUUGGUGGUUGCGUCAUGUGAGAGAGUUUGUAUAUUUUGGUGUAAAUAACAACACAAUCUUGCAUAGUUACAUUCUGACUGAAAGGUUAAGCAACAAGGUUUAUAAAAUGUGAUAUGUGUGUGUAUAUAUAUAUAUGUCCUCUUAAAAAUAGAUGUAUGCCCUGAUCCUUUUUUAUACUGGUUUGAAAAUGGAAUUACAUUAUAUACAUAUACUUUAUUGUUCUAAAUAAAGAUUUUAUGCACUGCCA